GCUUAUCGCCGAGGUCUAAGAACAAUGUAUAGAAGAAGAUCACAGUGCUGCCCUGGAUAUUACGAAAGUGAUGAUUACUGUGUCCCACUGUGCACAGAAGAAUGCAUGCACGGGAGGUGUGUUUCUCCAGAUACCUGCCAGUGUGAGCCUGGCUGGGGAGGAACAGACUGCUCAAGUGGCUGUGACAGUGAACACUGGGGACCCCAUUGCAGUAACCGUUGCCAGUGUCAAAACAGAGCCCUGUGCAACCCCAUCACUGGGGCCUGUGUCUGUGCUGAUGGAUAUAAGGGAUGGCGGUGUGAAGAACCCUGUGACCAUGGAAAGUAUGGCAAAGGAUGUCAGUAUAAGUGUCAGUGUCAAAAUGCAGCGACUUGCGAUCAUGAGACUGGAGAAUGCCAUUGUUCUCCAGGUUACACUGGCGCCUUUUGUGAAGAACACUGCCCAUCUGGCAGUCAUGGAGCCCACUGUGAAUUACGGUGCCCAUGUCAGAAUGGUGGCAAAUGCCACCAUAUCACUGGAGAUUGCACUUGUCCAGCUGGUUGGAUGGGAUUGGUUUGUGCACAGCCAUGCCCAUUUGGAAAGUUUGGCAUCAACUGUACCCAAGACUGUCCUUGUCAUAAUGGCGGGCAGUGUGACCAUGUGACUGGCAAAUGCCAUUGUAUAGCUGGAUAUACAGGUGACAGAUGUCAGGAGGAGUGCCCUGUUGGCAGCUAUGGCUUACAGUGUGCCCAAAGGUGUGAGUGCCUCAAUGGAGCUGAAUGUUACCACGUUAAUGGAGCAUGUCUUUGUGAGCCAGGGUUCACAGGAGAUCGUUGUCAAGACAGAAUUUGUCCAGAUGGGUUAUAUGGACUGAAGUGCCACAAGCAGUGCCCUUGCAAUGGCAAACAUAGUCAAAGCUGCCACCCUUUAUCUGGUGAAUGUUCCUGUAAAGCAGGCUGGACUGGCCUAUACUGCAAUGAGACUUGUUCCUCUGGGUUUCAUGGAGAGAACUGUCAGCAAACCUGUAACUGUCAGAAUGGGGCUGAUUGUGACAGUAUCACUGGUAAAUGUGUUUGUGCUCCAGGAUUUGAGGGAGAAGAUUGCUCCUUGCCAUGCCUUCCUGGUAAAUAUGGAGCCAACUGUUCAUCUACUUGUCGAUGCAAACAUGGUGGUACUUGUUCUCCUAUUCAUGGCUCCUGUAUUUGUAAAGCAGGUUGGCAGGGAGUGGACUGCUCAAUCCCUUGUUCCAGUGCUACAUGGGGGCUUUACUGCAACAAUAGCUGUACCUGUGUCAAUGGAGCAGCUUGUAAUCCAGAGGAUGGCUCCUGCACAUGUUCCCCAGGCUGGCAUGGAAAAGAUUGUGACCAGCCAUGUCCGGAUGGAACAUAUGGUCUGAACUGUAGCAGACAUUGUGACUGCUGUCAUGCAAGUAGUUGUGACCCAAUCACUGGAUUCUGUCACUGUGUAACGGGUUGGACUGGGUGCCCAAUGGGCUUCUAUGGAAAAGAUUGCAUUCAACUCUGCAAAUGCCAAAAUGGAGCAGACUGUGAUCAUGUGACAGGAGAAUGCAUGUGUCGCACAGGAUUCAUUGGGAAACACUGUGAGCAGAAGUGUCCUCCUGGUACAUUUGGCUAUGGUUGUCAACAGCUAUGUGAGUGCAUGAAUAAUGGCACCUGUGAUCAUGUGACUGGGACUUGCUACUGCACAUCUGGAUUCAAAGGCAUCCGGUGUGACCAAGCUGCUCUACUGAUGGAUGAACUAAACCCCUACACAAGAAUCAGUCCAGCACUAGCAUCAGACAAGCACUCCAUUGGAGCCAUAACUGGGAUCAUUAUUCUUCUUUUGAUAAUAGUUGUACUACUGGUUCUGUUCAUCUGGUACAAAUGGAAAAAGAAAGAGAAAGGACACGACAUGCCCAGUGUAUCAUACACUCCUGCCAUGCGGAUAACUAAUACAGACUAUUCUCUCUCUGUUUGUGUGAUCAAACACAAAGAGAACCUUUUGAAAUACAACAAAGCUUAUAUGAACAAUGCCUUGGAUUAUGGUACUUCUGUAAAUUACCUGGAUUUGCUGUACAAUUACACAUGUGGCAUAUGA